AUGGAUCAGAAGAUAACAUGGAGUCUAAUAAUUGCGGGCGUCGUUGUUAUAGCAGGCGUUGCAAUUUGGGGCAUAUGGUUCCUGUUGAAAGGAAGAAGAGACCCAGAAACGAAAAACAAGCUGAGGAAGGAACUUAAUGAGGCCAUUGAGACAGCUUCAGCUGAUGCAGUGACUAAAUUUAUUGAUGAAAUAUCAGAUAGAUUUAUAAAAAAUAAAACAAAUUUAGAUGCAGUAAAAAAUGAAGUAACAAUAACACUUGUUGCAAAUGACAUAACAAGUAGAAAAACCGAGUUAGUAAAAAAGUAUACCAAAGCGGAUGAUACAAGUGCCAUUAAUGGUGUUGAUAGUUCAGGCAAUACAGGCCUAACAACCGCUCAAAAAAAAGUUAAUGCCGCGAUAGAAGAAAAAGCGAAGGAAAUCGUUGAAGAUCUAAUAUCGGAAAAAAUUAAGGAGAAGGCAAGUUGUCUGAGCGAAAAAUCGGCGAAAUCUGCUACAGACGAUGACGUCUGGAAGCUUGUUGAAGGAUUAAGCGAUAAGAAGAAUGCUAAGGCUAACAUCAUUGAAAAAGCUAGAAAUGCAGCUAACGCAAAAUUAAAAGAAAUUGUCACUGAUCCAAAAUGGACUGUGGUUGAAACCGCUGUCAAAACUGAAGGUAAUACUGCUCUAAAAGAUAAACUAAGCGAAAUUACGAAGAAGAAAGACGACUUUAUCGACGACGCUAUCCUAGAAGUAGCCAAAGUGACAAAAAAAUAA